GUUUGGAGCUGAUGGAAGAGGGAGGGACUGCUAGUACUCAUGAGGAGAAACAGAUAGAUAGUUUAAUUAAUAACCACUGUCCCUUUUCCCCAUAACCCCAUCUGCUCAGAGAACUGUCGUUACACAGUAUCAACUUGAUGCCUCUUUCUAAAUACUGAUGGCUUUGAAUAUCAAUACGGGACCUCAGAGCACACCACAUCUGUUAAAGCAAUAGAAACUGGAUUUCCAUUCUGGACUGAGGGAACUUUGAACGGCAAGACUUUAACACACAGGCUUCUGAAUGAAUGAGUGGGUGGGCCAUGACGUCAAUGUGGUGGGACCUUUACAGAUCCCACCCAGCGAUGCGUUCCCCCUAUCAGAGGGCUCACACUUUUUUGAUAUUCUGGCAGAGCAGAACAGUCCUUUGCUACAUGACCAGGAGGUCUUGCCCUUCACCAGCUAUCCCAGCAUGCAGUACACCUCAGUGGAGCCCUCCAUGUCAUCACCAUCAUACUACUCCAAUCAGCACUGCUACUCACAGUAUGGUGGGGAGGAUUGGUACUCUACAUCCACUGUGUUUGAGAUGAGGAAAGGACCAUUGGAGGGUGGCUUUGAUAAUGAGCUCGACGAGUCUUGCCCUGUAGUCCCGACUGUGUGUAGAAGGUCCAGAAACGCAGCCCACUCCGGAAGGAGCAAAGGCGAGGAACUGUGUGUGGUCUGUGGAGAUAAAGCAUCAGGGUAUCACUACAAUGCACUCACAUGUGAAGGAUGUAAAGGUUUCUUCAGAAGGAGUAUCACAAAGAAUGCUGUAUAUAAAUGUAAGAGUGGAGGAAACUGUGAGAUGGACAUGUACAUGCGAAGGAAAUGCCAAGAGUGUCGACUCAGGAAGUGCAAAGAGAUGGGCAUGCUCGCAGAAUGCUUGUUAACCGAAAUCCAGUGCAAAUCCAAAAGGCUGAGGAAAAACACAAAAGCCUCAUCUGACGAAAGUAUAGGAGAUGAUGUUGGUGAUAGUAGAGAUGCUAAACAGGUUGUAUCUACUACAAAACCCUCCAAGGAAAAUAUAGAACUGAGCCAAGACCAGCAGGCUUUAAUAAGUUAUAUAGUUGAUGCUCACAACAAACAUCGCAUCCCUCAGGAUAUGGCAAAAAAACUGCUACAAGAGCAAUUUAACGCAGAAGAAAACUUCCUUCUACUGACCGAAAUGGCAACUAGUCAUGUCCAGGUGCUGGUUGAGUUCACAAAAAACAUACCAGGUUUUCAGUCUCUGGAUCAUGAAGAUCAGAUCGCUUUAUUGAAAGGUUCUGCCGUAGAGGCGAUGUUCCUGCGUUCGGCCCAGGUUUUCACCAAGAAACUGCCCAACGGGCACACAGAGGUGCUGGAGGACAGGAUCAGAAGGAGCGGAAUAUCUGAAGAGUUUAUGACACCCAUGUUUAACUUCUAUAAAAGCAUCGGGGAGCUGCAGAUGAUGCAAGAGGAACAUGCUUUACUUACUGCUAUCACAAUCCUCUCACCAGACAGACCAUAUGUAAAAGACCAGCAGGCAGUGGAGCGUCUGCAGGAGCCCAUGUUGGAGGUGCUGAGGAAGGUCUGUAAGUUACAGCACCCUCAGGAGCCCCAGCACUUUGCAAGGCUUCUCGGUCGUCUAACUGAGCUUCGCACCCUCAACCACCACCACGCCGAAAUGCUAGAGUCAUGGCGCAUGAGUGACCACAAGUUCACCCCCCUCCUCUGUGAGAUCUGGGACGUUCAGUGACACAGAAAAUGCACAAAAAAAUGGGUGGGUGAAGGAGAAAUGCCAAAGACUUUUAAUAAGCUGCCAAAGAGAGGAGUUUACACACUUUUGAGAGAAGUUGACUGUUAAAGUAUGAAAUGUAAACAUUAUAUAUUGCCAAAUGUCAAGUAAAACGGGAAGUAAUAAUGAUUUUAAGACAUUAUCAGCUCUUCAAGAAAAGAUUGAUGGGCGCAUUUUGAUAUUGUAAUGCCUUUAUAAAUGUUUACCUGGCCUUUGCUACUUGAUUUGUUUAAAAUCUGCUUCAUCUGAGGAUUACAUGGCUUUUUACACGUUAUGUCUGUUUGUGUAUUGUGUAAUUCAUCUAAAUAUUUUAAGGUUCUCAAAAUCUGUACUUCCUGACCUGUGGUCACUCUUUUCACAUUUUGAGAAUCAUGUAACCUUCCAGUCUUCUUUUAUGCUUAAAUACAAGUGUUUAUCUGUAAGCUGGUGUUUACCACUGUUAAAUUCUAUAUAAACACUAUAUGCAAUGCA